AUGAGGGAUGGAUUAAUUUAUGGCCAUCUUUCUAAAAUAAUAAAUUACUCCAGUACCUCAACAUCAUUUCCUUCAAUUAACACAUCUACCAGCUCAAUCCCAGAUUUACAACAAAGACAAUUAAUUAAUGAAAACACAUCUUCCUCUACAACACAACCCUUCACAAUACUACCAACAACAACACAAAUAAAUUCCAAAUUAAAUACAUCCACCCAUCCAUUAUUAACUGGAACAACCCAGCCCCUCAUUCUUUUGGGCAAACGGACUCCGGCACCUUUAAUUAAUCAAAGAAAUUACUCUAUAGCCUAUUUAAAUGCAAGGGAUGAUGCUAUUGUUGAAGAUAAAAUUGAGAAAGCUGCUGAUAGUAGCAGUAUAAGACGAUCACCAGCUAGAAAUGAAUAUGUUGGCAACAAUGCAAUAGAUGCGAAGCCUCCGAUAGAAAUAAAAACAACCCCACUUUAUCGAAUAAUUAAAGAUCCACGUCCGGGACGUAGACAAAGACUUAUUGAGUUGAGGAAGAAAUUAGACCCGACAUAUGAACCUCCAUUAUUUAGUACAACAUCAACACCUUUUUCUGCCAACGAAAUUCAAUUUGUUUUACCUAAAAUAAAUGAGCAAUUAGUUACAUUUACAUUAACUAAUGGAGCUAAAAUAACGCAGUAUAAAUGGAUUGGUCUUUGGAAUCAAUGCACUAAAGUAAUUUUUAAAAUUAUUAUAUGUAUUAUUGGGAAAAUCUUUGAAAAAAAUUUCUAA